AGUUUGGUCAUGGCAGGGAAUGUGUGAUCAAAGCUGAGCCCAAGCUUCCUGUUACACCGGGACUAUAUAUAUAUCGUGUCUUUAAUGUUGGGAAUGUAAGCAGCUGCUGGAGCCUGGCGCUGACUCUCUGCCUGAUUCCCAGCGCACUGAGGUUUCUUCCACCGACCACAAUGAACAAGUUCCUGUGCUGCACGCUUGUGCUCUUGGACAUCUCUGUGAAGUGGACCAUCCAGGUUGACUCUCCCCCCAAGUAUCGCCAUUACGACCCAGGGACGUCUCGUCAGCUGCUGUGUGACCAGUGUCCUCCCGGGAGCUACGUGAAGCAGCACUGCACAGCCACCAGCCCGACGCGGUGUGCGCCGUGCCCGGACCAGCACUACACCGAGGAGUGGAACAGCCACGACGAGUGCCAGUACUGCAGCACCGUCUGCAAGGAGCUGCAGUACGUCAAGCAGGAGUGCUCCAGCACACAGAACCGCAUCUGUGAGUGCAUCCCGGGCAGGUACCUGGAGCUCGAGUUUUGUCUGAAGCACACGGAGUGUCCUCCCGGGUUCGGUGUGGCACAGCCAGGUACCCCUGAGAGCGACACUGUGUGUGAGAAAUGUCCAGAAGGAUUUUUCUCAAAUGAAACAUCAUCCAAAGCAGCCUGUCUUAAGCACACGAACUGUAGUGCCCUGGGUUUUAAAACAACUUUGAAGGGAAAUGAGGUUCGUGACAACAUCUGUCAGGAAAAUACAGAUAUGACACCUCAAAAAUGUGGAAUAGACGUAACCCUCUGUGAGGAGGCUAUGUUCAGGUUUGCUGUUCCUACCCAUCUCACACCUAACUGGCUGAACAUACUGGCAGACAGUUUGCCUGGGACAAAGGUUAGCACAGAAAACAUCGAAAGGAUUAAACAAAGACACAGCCCUCAAGAGCAGACCUUCCAGCUUUUGAAAUUAUGGAAGCAGCAGAACAAAGAGCAGGAUAUGGUCAAGAAGAUUAUUCAAGAUAUUGAUCAUUGUGAAAACAGUGUCUUAAAGCACAUUGGCCACCCGAACCUCACCUUUGAACAUCUCAACAUGCUGAUGGCAAGUUUACCAGGCAAGAAAGUGGGAAAAGAAGAUGUUGAACGCACAACGAAAUUAUGUCAACCCACAGAGCAAGUCCUGAAGCUUCUCAAUCUGUGGAGAAUAAAGAAUGGUGACCAAGACACCAUUAAGGGUUUAAUGUAUGGCCUGAAGCACUUGAAAACAUACCACUUUCCAAAACGAACCAUCCAAAGUCUGAAGAAGGUGGUUAAGUUUCUUCACAGAUUUACAAUGUACAGAUUAUACCAGAAACUCUUUUUAGAAAUGGUAGGGAAUCAACUUAAAUCUGUGAAAGUAAGAUGUGUCUAACUCAAGAUAUUUUUAAUUCUCCACUGACUAUUUUUCCUUAAUUACUGCCAGCAGUAAUUAAACUGGAACAUUGUUUCACCACAGUACAUUUUACUAUUUAUAGAAAUGCCUGACUGGAAUAGUUCUAAGUCUUCUGCAGUGGUUUUGGAUUUUUUUUUCUUUAAUAAAAAUCACUUUUGUAAAAGCUAUUAACCCGUUGAUAACACUAAGAGCCUGAUUCUGCAUUUUUGCACAUUCAGUGUUGAAAAGUCCCACUAUAGUCACUAGAUGAGAAAGGAAUGCUGGACCAGGCUCUACUCCAGUAUUUGCUAUUUAUAUUCUUCAAAGAAUAAACGUUUUUUGUUGUACAUAUUUAUUAAAUUAAAUGGAAAGUGUAUGAGACUGAAUUUUAGGAAGAGAAAUGAAAAGCACGCUGUAUAUUUUCUAGUUAAACAAAAAUGAUUCCAUAUAUUUUUCUGGUAAAAAAUUUUGUAGCAUGCUUUGAGAGUUAUUAAUUUCCUUAUAUUUUGUAUUUAAAAAAUUAUUAUUGCUUAGUUUUAUUUGUAUAAGUUGUGGUAUCUUUUGGUAAGGAUGUUUUAAUUUAUCCAAUGAUUUUAACUCAAAUACGGUGAAAAUAUAGUAAAAGUGACCUGAAUAUUUAAAUAUUCUGUGAGGAAGUGAAUGUACCAUAUUUAAGAAGCUGGAUUUUUAUAUAGAAUUUCAUAAUCUUAUUUUAUAAAACAAUUAAAUUUUUCAGUUUACUUUUCGGCUGGUGUUUUGCUCUUGACUCUGAAGUAGGAACUAAUAACAAAGACAGACUAUGUGGAUUUUGCACCUUAUCUUGGGCUUGGCUCUCUGCUACUUCCUGUCUAGUCUAGUAGUUAAUAUGUGAACCAAGUAAAUAUUGACCAGCACUGGAUUCUCAUGGUCACUGUAAAGGUGUAAAUGAAGGUAAAAAGUAUUAAAGG